AUGAUGUGUGACUGGGGGAGCCACGAAGGCCAGGGCUGCUCCAUGGAACGUGGCUCGCAUCCCGGUGGCCCAUCCGCCCUCUCCCGCCCUCCGUCUGGGGAGAAACCCCCGCUGCCCCGGUCGGGCCCUCGAACGCCGGUCGGGGACGGGCAGGGCGGCCUCCUCCAGCCCCACUAUGGACUGCCGGGGUUCAUCCGGGGCCGAGCCGCCGCUGCCGGGCUGUGCCGAGCCCNCGGGUCUCGGCCCGCAGGCGCGGCCCCCUUCGGAGGACACUCCGCCGGCGAUUUCGACGACGGGUUCCUGCGAAGGAAGCAGCGCCGCAACCGCACCACCUUCACCUUGCAGCAGCUCGAGGCCCUGGAAGCUGUUUUUGCUCAAACCCACUACCCCGAUGUGUUCACUCGAGAAGAGCUGGCUCUGAAAAUCAACCUCACGGAGGCCAGGGUGCAGGUGUGGUUCCAAAAUCGAAGGGCGAAAUGGAGAAAGACAGAGAGGGGUGCUUCUGACCAAGAGGGCUCUAAGGAAACCAUGGCUGAGGUGGCACCUCCUGCGAGGAAUUUAAAUUCCCCUUCUCCAGCAGAUCAAACCAGGAACAAAAAAGAGGGUCUGGAGAUCCAGCAGAGCCUGAGCCGAUCAGUGGGUCCUACAGGCCCUUUCUUCCCUUCCUGCCUGCCGGGGACGCUUCUCAACACAGCCACCUAUGCACAAGCUUUAUCCCAUGUCGCCUCUCUAAAAGGGAGCCCUCUGUGCUCGUGCUGCGUUCCAGACCCCAUGGGCCUCUCCUUCCUGCCCACCUACGGCUGCCAAAGCAACCGCACCGCCAGCGUGGCCGCGCUGCGCAUGAAGGCGCGCGAGCACUCGGAGGCCGUGCUCCAGUCUGCCAACCUCCUGCCUGCCGCCAGCAGCCCCACUCCUCCUGCCAAACCCGGCCCCGAGGGCAGCCAGGACAAGCAGCCCUCCCCAGCCAAGGAGCACAUGGAAGGGGAGAAGAGCGUAUGAGACCGGAGUGGUGCUGGCCCCUCGGCCCAGGGCAGUGGCCCGCCGCCGGCGCUCUGCCAUGAACUGCAGUGUGGCCAUGCCCAGUGGGACAUCGUGGUGCCACCAGGGACCCGGCACAGCUGAGUGGCCUGAGUGGCUGCCUUUCAUGCACCCUUGCUUUUCUUGUGUCGCUGUAGGUUCAUUUCCCUGAUUUAUCAGCACUAUCUGUGUUUGGAAAUGUUCGUGAAACUGUUUUUAUUCCCCCCCUCCCCGCCCCAUACAUCCCAGGGACACUGAAAGGUCCAGGAUCCCGGCCUGCUCCUGCACAUCUCGGCUUCCCAUCCUGCGUGAAAUGGAUGGCUGGAAGCAGCACGUCACUUCCAGAUGUGAGCUUUGGGGCAAGAGAUGCACCCAGGCACCAGGUACUCCACUGCACACAACAGAGGGGAAGGAAUAUCCAGGUAUAUCCCAAUUUGGCCUGCUAUUUUCUGAAGGCAUUUGACUUUAACCAAACCUAUCCCAGGCAAUCCAGGCAUAAGAGAAGCAGAAAAUAGAACAAAACUCUUCAUAUUUUUUUUUCCUUUAUUUUUUUCUUUGAAAGUGAAACUUCCCAUGGAGUAGAUUAUUGGGAAAUUGCUGAGAUCAGUUUACUUGUGACUAAAAUCCUUGCACUGCCCUGUGUGUGAACAUUAGUGAACUCUUGCCAUUCUCUGGGUUAGACAUGAAAGACACAUGACUUCAGAGUGGAAUUCACAGCUUCAAACAGUAAUGCUGGUAUUUAAUGGAGAGUGAAUUGUCUCUAGAUCUGCACAAAGCUGGGGGUAUUUUGACAUCACUGUCUUGGAAAAGGAGACUGGAAGACAAAAAUGAUCCUUCAUUGCAAGACUGCAGAUAUGUUUUUUCAUGAUUUAUGUUUAAUAAAGAGGAAAUAAAGCUUGGAAAGAUAUUCCUUUAUGCCAUCCAAAUUUAGAUUAUUCCAUUUACUGAAAGUUUGUUGUAACAAAUCUAGAUAUGAAAAUAUAUUAAUUAUUAUAGAUUGGAAACAGUGCAAAGGAGAAAUUGAGGCCUUAGUAAAUUUAGUCUUAUCUCCCACCCAAACCUCCCCAGAGCAAAUCAGACUAAUAUCUGAAGGGCAGUCGUUUUAAUCUGGGUUAACUCAUUUUUUUCCAUGGGAGCUGCACAUGUGGACUUAAACUUAGUGACAUGUACUUGAAUUUUCCAGGUGCCAUUUGAAGAUUCUCAGGUGUGUCUACAGGUGUCCCUGUAGAACAGACUGAAACCACUUUUCUGAGAUUUUGAUUAAGUAACAUGGAAGCUAGUGGAAGGAUUCCUGUCACCUCUGAUCCUGCACACUGUGCAGACCUCCAGAAAUGUGCUGGGCACAUGCCUUUACACAGGUCUUGUUUAGCUGUUCACAGGAUCCAGGUUUGGGGGUGGGCUUGGAAAGGUGGUCCUGAGUAAGGCUGGCAGCAAAAAUUUGUCUCCUCCAUGUAAGUGAUUUCAGCCCAUGAAUUUCAUAGAAAUGUGAAAUUGUGGCUUCUCUGGGGCUCACAGGACCCUUUCACACCCCCAGUGCACACCUUCCUUUCCCUGAGGAAUGGUUUGAUGUCAGCUGAAAGGCUGGGAGCCCUGGUGUUCGUGGGGUCACUUAGCAGCACCAAGCACCAUCACUGUGGAGCAGCCAAGGGCAGCAGGCAGCCCCAGAGUGGCACAAGCCAGUAGAGCAGGGCAUUGCUGGGUCUGUCCUUUGGUCAGAGAACAAAGAAAAGUCAGACAGGGCCCACAUUCAUCAAAUGGAGUAAUUUUGCUUUACUUCUGCCACACAGUGUGACCCUUAAUGCAGGGAGAGGAACAUGUAGUCUGUGAUCUGCUUUCGUGCUCCAGCUUCAGGAGCUGCUCUGCUGAACUGUGGGUGGAGGUGGCUCUGGCUGCAAGUUAUGGCUUAGUUUAACAACAGCAACAACCCUUUUCUUCCACCGAAAUAAAAGAGGUUGCCAUGUGCUUUGUUGUGGGGAGUGGUUGGAGGAGAGAGAAUCACUGUUUUCUUAGUGAUAUUCCCAAUCAUAAUUUUUUUUCUUCCUCCUAAAAAAGACUAAAAAAAAUAUUCCAGUCCAAAGAGGCAGGCCCAACUUUGUUUCAACAUAAUUACCUUGCAUUCAGUUGAACUUCAGCCCUUCUGUACACUAACUCUUCAAUCUAAUUGUUUGAUUAAACUCGUAUUUCCUCCAGAAAGGUACAUAAAUAAGUGAAUUGUUGAGCAAAUUAAGAAUACUUAACAGCAUUGCAUCUGAAAAGUAGUUACGCUGAUUAAAUUUUCUGUCCUUGAGGAUUUUCAGGAAAUUACUUUUGAUCGUCAAUAACACAAUUAAGUAAACUACACGCACAUUAGCAUGAAUAAUUGAUAAGAAAUUAUGUAUUACCACGAAGCACUGAUUUAAUAAUUCAUGAUGCGACACUCUAGUGACUGUGCAAAACUGGAUAACAUCGACAAGUCUGAUGUUGCUGGAAAUGCUGCAAAAAAACAAACAAGUCCACAGUUUUGUUGUACAAUAAAGGAAAGUAUCUGAUGCAUGCUGUAGUUUCUGUUUGUUUAAUACUUGAAUAAAUUUAGAAAGAAGACCCUGAAAAGCUCCUGUACUGUUUUCAUUCGGAUCAAUUCCUCUGUGCUUUCACAUUGAUGACUGCCCAGUUCUGCUUAGACCAGUGAUGUUGCAGAGUGAGGGAGGCUCUCCCAUGCACAGCUGGAACCUGCUGAGUGUCUCAGAACUUGCAAUACUGGGGGACACAAAGCUUUACAGAGCCUCCUGGUAAGGAGCAAAGCAGCAUUAGUUCCCCUUAAGCCUGAGCUCUUCAGUGUCUAAUGUGUCUGUGAUUAUAAUUAUUCAGUAAGAUUUUGUGGGUUAAUUCCCUAAGCCAAAAAUGAGGCUGAUUUGUGUGUUUUGAGUGUACACAAUGCCCUGUUAAACCCUAGGCAAAUUCUCUUACAAUUCUUGCAGUUUCCUGAGGGGAGGCAGAUAAAUAUUCAUGCUCUUGUCAGCAUAUUGGAGCAACCAGGGCAUGGUGAGCCUCUAAGGCUUUGAUCUGAGACCUGGCUGCUCAGGGCAGGGCAUCCCAAGAGGGCUUGCUCGAAUUCACUCAGCAGUAGCACAAGGGCAAAAGCAAAACUCCAGAGAUCUGUGUCUCAGUCGUGCUUGUUUCUAGCCACCAGACCCUGCUCCCUUCCAGAUGGACUGUCCACUGCAGAUGAGCCACCCGCCUACUUUCUGUGCUGUCAUAUAUCAGGGCUAUGCCACUUAAACCACUCUAAUGGCCAUUUCAGUAGCUCUGAUUAAGUCUGGCAUUUAAAAGUUUAUAACUCAGCUAUAAAAAGUCACUCAGGCUGAACCUCAGCUUGAGAGACCCAAGCCCAAGGGGAUGAUUUACAUGAGAGCUAUUCCAAAAUUAGUCUGCAUGGGGUUUUUUUUGGUGAAGGAAAAUUGGAAGCCCAAGGUUUAAGGGAUGGAUGUAAGACAAAUAUGUUUUGUUUGACAUCUCACUGCAUUGUCACUGGUUCCUAGGCAGUAAUUUUCUCUGAGUUUCUGUACUAGCAUGAGUCAUGCAUAGCGUGGACAUUCAGCCUGCCAGUGUUGCUUGCUUAGGUUUGGCAAAACAUCUCCAGUCCUGGGCUCCUUUCCCAAGAAAUCACAGGCACCCACAAUGCCCAGGCUCACUCUCAUCCCCCACCUUCCCUGCGUCCUCUUUCAUGGCUCUGU